CAUAUGAGGUGUGACCCUUAUCUAACUACACUGUGGACCGGGAUGAUUCACACAUGGUAGAAACCAAAUGGCUUCGGCUUUUAUAUAGCCCCUGGCGGGGAAGGCAGUACACGCCAAGCAACACCCUCCACUGCCAACAAAUUAUAACCGUCAGCAUGGACCAACUCCAUCGCUUCCCUCCGACACUUGUCGCCGGCGGCGCUUCUUUUCUUUGGCAGCAGCCUCAGAAUGCAUCGCAGGAAGCGGGCGGAACCACGGCCGCAGACGAGCUGAAGCAGGUGCUCCUCCGGACGACCCUGGAGCUGGAGUCCACCCGCGUCACAGCCCAGGAGGAGCUCCGGAGGAUGGAAUCCCAGGCCCUCCACCUCUCCCGCCUGCUCGAGGUCGCCACCCGGGAGCGCGACGAGGCCCGCCACGCCCUCCUUGUUCUCUUCCUCCACCACGGCGACCAUCCCCACCUUCCCUCCCACCCCGAGCCCAACCUCGACCCCAACACCAACCCCGCCCACUCCCUUGCCUUCGACGACGGGAGCGACGUUGCGGCGGCUGCCGCCGCAGAGGACGUGGGCGAGAGCAGCAACGGGGCGUCGCCGCCGGCGCUGACUGCGUUGGCCGAGGUCGAGGCGGCGGCCGCGAGGAGGGGCCUGCCGGAGAAAGGGCGGUUGGUGAAGGCGGUGAUGGGGGCGGGGCCGCUGUUGCAGACGCUGCUGCUGGCGGGGCCGCUCCCACAGUGGCGUCACCCGCCGCCGGACCUCCGCAGCUCCGAGAUCCCCCCUGUGGCCAUCAGCCUGAACCCAAACCCAAAGAAGGAGAAGGACGGAGAGGGGUCCCUGUCGCCGUUGCCGGCCUCCCUUCGGAACUCCUCCUCCUCGUCUUCAUCACUGGAGAGUGGCAGCAACUGUAAUUUCGGAAGCGAGUUGCAAAACGCUACGUUUUCUUUGAAAUCCGUGUGACCAGCUUCCCUCCCUCCCCCCCUCCCAAAUCCUCCUUUUCCUUCUCUCUUGUGCUUUUUGUUUGGGUGAUGAGUGCUGCCAUGUUUUCUUAUUCCGAUUAACUGUGUACGUAGCAAAUGGGAAAAGGGAAAAGAAAACAUUGCCACUUCGUAUGAACAGCAAGUGUGAGACGAUGCUGUGUGGGAAAUAGAUAUGGAGAAUUCUCCA